AUGACGUUUCCGUCCCAGAUACACACCUUCCACUCGGGCAGGCCGCAGCCUCAGUCGUCGGGCGCCUCGUCCUUUGCUUCCAUCGACCCGACGACGGCCAAGCCUCUCGCCACCAUCUACUCGACGACGCCGGCACAGCUCGAGGAGGCCAUCUCGUCCGCGCAGGCCGCCUUCCCGGCAUGGUCGCGGACUCCGGCCCCCCAGCGGGCCAAGAUCCUGCUCAAGGCUGCGGCCCUUCUGCGGGAGCGCAACGAUGAGCUCGCCCUGACGGAGACGCUCGACACGGGCAAGGCCUGGUCGGAGACGUCGACGGUCGACAUCGCCACGGGCGCCGACGUGCUCGAGUACUACGCUCACUUGGUCGCCGGCGGCCUGCCCGGCCAGAACACGCGCCUGCGGGCCGACGCCUUCGUGCUCACGAGCCAGGAGCCGCUGGGGGUCUGCGCCGGCAUCGGCGCCUGGAACUAUCCCAUCCAGAUCGCCCUCUGGAAGUCGGCACCCUGCCUCGCCGCCGGCAACUGCAUGGUCUACAAGCCGAGCGAGGUGACGCCGCUGCACGCCAACGCGCUCGCCGCCAUCUACGUCGAGGCCGGCGUGCCGCCGGGCGUCUUCAACGUCGUCUACGGCGACGGCCCGAGCGUCGGCGCGCCGCUGGUGGCCCACCCGUCCGUCGCCAAGGUCAGCUUCACGGGCCAGGUCAGCACCGGCAGCCUCGUCGCCGGCGUCGCGUCGAGGGGCAUGAAGAGCGUCACCAUGGAGCUCGGCGGCAAGAGCCCCGUCGUCGUCCUGCCCGACGCCGACGUCGACGAGGCCGCCGACGUCGCCAUGGCCGCCAACUUCUUCUCGACGGGCCAGGUCUGCACCAACGGCACGCGCGUCUUCGUGCCCGACACGCUGCUGGCGCGCGUCGAGGACGCUCUCGUCCGCCGCUGCCGCGAGGGCAUCCGCAUGGGCCUGCCGAGGGACGACAAGACCAACUUCGGGCCCGUCGUCAGCGCCGCCCAGCGCGACAAGGUCAACAUGUACAUCCGGCACGGCCGCGACGUCGACGGCGCCAGGGUCCUCUACGACGGCUCCAAGGACGCGCAGAGGACGAAGCCGACGGCCGACGGCUUCUGGGUGGCUCCCGUCAUCUUCAGCAGCUGCAUCGACGACAUGCGCGUGGCCCGCGAGGAGAUUUUCGGGCCCGUGAUGUGCAUCCUGCCGUACGAGACGCGCGGUCGGACCCAGGCCGAGUGGAUGCCGGAGCUGAUCCGGAGGGCCAACGACACGGCCAUGGGUCUCGCCGCCGGCGUCGUCUCGUCCGACGUCGGUCUCGCCCAGGAGGUGAUCCGCGAGCUCGACGCCGGCAUCACGUGGAUCAACACCUGGGGCGAGUCCCCGGCCGAGAUGCCCGUGGGCGGCUGGAAGCUGAGCGGCAUCGGCUUGGAAAACGGACACGAGGGCAUCCGGCCCUACACGCGAACGAAGAGCACGCUGGUGCAGCUGGGCAAGGGGGCCUGCAAGGGCCUGUUUGCGAAGCUGUAG